AUGCCCAAGCGGCGCAUCGCCAAGAAGCGGCGCAAGAAGAAGCGCGCCGCGCCCACGCCCACGCCGCUCGCCUGCUCGGAGGGCCUCUCCCGCCUGUUUAGCGGCCGCGCCGGCCUGCAGAUCACCCGCGGCCAGGCAGUCUCGAAGCUGUGGGCGACGGCCAAGGCGCGCGGCGUGCAGCGGGGAAAGACGAUCCACUGCGACGCUGAGAUGGCCGCCCUCUUUGGCGUCUCCACGCUCGGCUUCUCGGACGUCGCCGCCGCCCUCGCGCCGCACCUCUCUCGCGCGCCUCCGCCGCAGCCGCUCGUGACGGAGGAGGGCCGGACUACGGCCGCGAGCGAGGCGCGCAGCUGA